GAGAGACGUAGUUGAGCCAGCGCGCAUGCGCAGCUUGGGCCCUCCCAGCAUCCUCCAGCACAAGAUGGCGCCCCGGAGGUCUGUCCUGCUUCCUGUGUGAGGGAACGCCGGGACUACCCGCCCGCCGUGUUCCAGCCGCGCCUCGUUCCGCGAGAGAGCCCAGGCCGAGCCCCGGCGGGUGCGAUGGCCGCGGUGGUGGGCAAGAGGGAAGGGCCGCCGUUCAUCAGCGAGGCAGCCGUGCGGGGCAACGCGGCCGUGCUGGACUACUGCCGGACCUCGGUGUCGGCGCUGUCGGGGGCCACGGCCGGCAUCCUCGGCCUCACCGGCCUCUACGGCUUCAUCUUCUACCUGCUCGCCUCCGUCCUGCUCUCCCUGCUCCUGAUCCUCAAGGCGGGCCGGCGGUGGAACAAGUACUUCAAGUCGCGGCGGCCGCUCUUCACGGGCGGACUCAUCGGAGGCCUCUUCACCUAUGUCCUCUUCUGGACCUUCCUCUACGGCAUGGUGCACGUCUACUGAGCGAGGGCGGGACCCCGGUCGGCGGCGCUCCGUGUAGACUCGCCGAAGUUUUCAAAAGUGUUGAGUUCGCUGCUUGUUCUGUAACGUUAUACAUAACUUAUCUCUGAGGACGACGAGCCCGUAAUGUUUUCAGAUUAAAUGAAGUGUGAGACGCUU